CCCGGUUUCCGGGUUCCUGUGGGCUCGGGGGUCGCCAACGGGGCCGCCGCCGCCGGGACCGGCCAUGGAGAAGCUGCGGCGGGUGCUGAGCGGCCAGGACGACGAGGAGCAGGGCCUGACGGCGCAGGUCCUGGACGCCUCGUCCCUCAGCUUCAACACCCGCUUGAAGUGCUUCGCCAUUUGCUUCGUCGCUGGCAUUUUCUUCUCCAUCCUGGGCACGGCGCUGCUCUGGCUCCCCGGCGGCAUCAAGCUCUUCGCCGUGUUCUACACCCUGGGGAACGUCGCCGCGCUGGCCAGCACCUGCUUCUUGAUGGGCCCCGUGAAGCAGCUGAAGAAGAUGUUUGAGCCGACGAGGCUGCUGGCCACGGUCGUCAUGCUGCUGUGCCUGGUGCUCACCCUGUGUGCCGCCCUCUGGUGGCACAAGCGGGGCCUGGCCUUGCUGUUCUGCAUACUGCAGUUCUUGUCGAUGACCUGGUACAGCCUGUCCUACAUCCCGUACGCCAGGGACGCGGUGAUCAAGUGCUGCUCUUCCCUCCUGAGCUGAGGCCGCUCGCUCGGGCGGCUUCUGGGAGCUCAUGCUCUGCUUUUGGCGACGUGCCCUGCCCGACGGACGACCACUCCAGGAGCGCCCGCAGGGACCACUGUGAAGACCCGGCGUGGACGGCCGCAGACGCGCGUGCACAGCCGCUCCGCGCUCCCGCGUGGGGUGCGGGGUCCUGGCCAGGCUCUCCCCGAGAGGGGUCAAGCCCCAGCCGCGCGCGGGUCCUCUCCGGCCGCUUCUUCCCUCUUCUCCAAGCCGCCUUUGAGACGCGGCUCUCCGGGGUAGACGCGUGCUGCGUGCGACGCUCCGUUCGGCUCCUUUAAGAUGUCCACGUUUUUAACUUUUUUAAACAAACUUUAAAUGUGAAUGUUUUUACUUUAGCUAAACACGGCUUAUUAUAUGUAAUAAAAAUAAUAUAUAAAUCUUUACAACUUUGAGAUAAAUCCUCACUUCCACGCUUGGAAAACUAACAUUUUCUAGAUGCCGCGUGUGCUGUUUUGGGGGGCCUCGCUCAGGG